GACCGACUGACUCGAGUGUAUUUGGAAACAGUGAUGGUGCCGCCGCAUUAUAGCAGUCUUCGGCGUGACGAGAUUCACUCGUUUUGUCAAAUAUCCCCCUUUUCUCACUCGACGAGGUAAAAUCGAAAAAAUGGUGCAGUGUGAAUUGAAAACUGAUGUCGACUAAAUAGUUCGGGUUGAUUCCUCUCUUGUUGUCAGAGAACGUCGCAAAGACCCCACGAGUCCUACAAUGCAACCCUCAGGUUGAUCUGCGAAAAUUUUGACUAACCGAGCCACCGAAGGAUUUUCUAAUCUUGGCCAAAUCAACGUCUCGAAUUCUUCGCCAUUUCGCGAAAAUGCAGACGACCCUGAUGAUCUCCUGGAUCAGCUAUCGUCACACUUUAUACGCCUUGAACAGACACUGACGAUAUGGAUACAGUAUGGCUUCAGUAUUCUGGCACGCCUCUGGGAGUAAUUUCGUUUUACUUGCCUUCAUAUUCCUCCUGUUACUAUGUCCGCAUACUACUACAGAGUGUGACCAGAGGUUCAUAAGCGUUCCCGAUGGACCGCAGAAUGGAACGUUUCAUGCGCCGAACAUGACAAAUCUUGAUGGAGAGACCCGUCAGUGUGUUUACACAUUUUUCGCAGGACCACAUCAACGGGUGGAGCUUGUCUUCAAUACUUUUGGCCUCCGAGGCAAGCCACCAGAUGGAGCUGCUGUUGGAGAGAUACCCGCUUGUGUUCACGAAUACAUGGACGUAUACACAGAGGUACGAUCGGAUAAUGCUAGUAAGCUGAUAGACACUCCGUUCGGCGGAAGAUACUGUGGUCCGAUUCCACCUCGGAAGCGAGUAUCACUAUAUCAGGGAAUUGCACUCAGCUUUUACACGGACAAAAAUGUUACCUUAUCCAGUCUCUUCGAUGGCUGGUACUCAUUCAUCAAUGCCUCUGAGUACGAAAUUGGAACACCACUCCCCGGUCUGCCAUGCUCUUUUAUAGUAAACUCGACUAUAAAACGUACUGGGAACAUUAUGUCUCCCACGUACCCGGGAACUUAUCCAAAAGAACUCGUCUGCACUUAUCAGUUUAUGGGGAAACUUGGUCAAAGAGUGCGACUUGAAUUUCGUGAUUUCGAUCUUUUCCUUGGUGGUCUUCACUGCCCUUUUGACUACGUAAAAGUGUAUGAUGGACUGGACAACACUUCAGCGGUCAUAGGCACCUACUGCGGACAGCAGAGAAAUUUAGUACUAUAUUCUUCCGAAUCAAAUUUAUUUGUUGUGUUUUCUACACUCCAAAGGACGGCAAAUACGCAGAACCGAGGAUUUAAAGGAAUCUUUGAAUUUUCAGAGAGCUUUGUAAAAUUAGAUUUCAUAGUUAAUUAUGAAGGUCAGCAUAUUCGAGGCUCUGAGUGCGACCAAAAGAUUUUAAGUAAAAAGGAGUCAUCGGGGUUCGUUGUCAGCCCUAAUUUUCCCUUCCCUUACCUCUCGAAGGUAGUUUGCCGAUAUUUUAUAUACGGGCUGCAAGAUUUCCAGCAUCUGGAACGAGUACGUCUGGAAUUUCUUAUGUUUGCAAUUCCAGGCAAUGCAAAGGGCGAUUCGGCAUGUACAGAUGGAUAUUUAAAGCUCUAUUUAAAAGGACAGGAAGCAACGGACUCUUAUGAUAAAUUUGACUACGAAAUGUGUGGAUUGGACAGUAUGCCACCCUUAGUUGUUAGUGAUGGACCUCGACUUGUUAUGGUUUUUAGCAGUGGAGAAUUACAAGGAAAAGGAUUUAAAGCAAAAUACACUUUUGAAACGGAAUACAAGAUACCUGGUACCGCCGCACCUGAUGGUAGCUGCACGUUUACAUACCGCAGUUCCUCGCGUAAAAAGGGAGAAUUUAAUUCCCCACGUUAUCCUAGUAAUUAUCCAAGCGACACAAAUUGCACUUAUAAUUUCUUAGCAACACCGAACGAACAAGUCAUGUUAAUCUUCGACCAUUUUAAAGUAAGAACGAAGAACGUAAACGUAACAGUCGGUCAUUAUGGACUUGACCUUUGUCAAGAUGACUGGUUGGAGAUUUACAACAUGUAUCGCGACAGCACGGAAAAAUUGAUUGGAAGGUAUUGUGGCAUGACGGCACCAGGACCCGUGGAAUCUAAUCUUGGUGCUUUGGGUUUGAAAGUCAUUCUGCAUUCCGACUCUGAACUCGUGUACAGCGGCUUUAAGGCCCGAUAUACUUUUGAAAAUGCCAAAUCCAUUUUUGGGGAUUGUGGAACAAAUAUCAGCAGCCUUGAUUUUGGUGUAAUUACAAGUCCUAACUUUCCAAAUAACUAUGAUGGCCCUACAAAAAGUUUAGCGAGUAAGACGUGUAAUUGGUUUAUAAGUGUCAAACCGAACCACCAAAUACUUUUGAAUUUCGAGCUUUUUUCCGUGGAAGGAGAACAACUGACUCGAGGUUGUCCUGCAGCAGUUUUACGAAUGUGGUUUUCGAUAUUAAAUCCACCACUUGAAUUGUGUGGCAUCAAAAGUCCUACGGAAAGCUGGAGUUAUCUUUCGGAAAACAACAAUAUGCGACUCAGUUUUAUAGCGGCAGCGAAAGCUGUGGGACAGCAAGGAUUUCGAGCUGUUUGGACCGAGGUGAUCACGGAUACUGAUUGCGAAGGCCAGUUCCUUUGCAGUAAAAACAAAUACUGCAUCUCGAAAUCUUUACGUUGCAACGGCAUCGAUAAUUGUGGACCAGGGGACAUGUCGGACGAAGAAAGCUGUAAAAUCGAGGUUCCUCAGGAUAACUACGCUGUUCCAGCGGGUAUCGCUGCCAGUGCCACCCUCGUAGCUCUUUUACUCUGUUUUCUCUGCCAUCGAAAGAUGAAGAGACGUGUUCCAGAAGUUCCGAUCGACGACUUGCAGCAGCGAAUCGAGGAUCGACAUCACUGCUACCAUCAUCAUAAUCUCUUGCAUCAUUAUCAGAGUUCAGCCCACGGUCACAGCCAUAAUUUUAACCAGUACCAAAUUCAGGAACCGAGCCCACCAAGCGAGAGCGAAGCGGAGCACGUGUGUGGUGAUGAAGCGAGCAGCCCCGACAGCGUGUGACCGUGGAUGCUCGCAACGUGGUUCAUAAAAACGCUCCGCCCCUCGCAAUCUCCCACGUUGCUCCCUGGACUCUUUCUUGUGUGCAAUUUGUUGUUGCUAUUAUUUUUAUCGUUGCCAAACGGAGGCAGCUUGUUAAGCGUCUACAACAGCCAUCGUCAAACUCUUCAACGUUCUUUACCCGAACUCAACUAAGAACCCAAAGCACUAGCCACCCUGAGUCGAGUAGGCUUAUUUAUAAUAUUGUAUAAUCUGUAUAAUGCGACAUACACAAAUAUUAUAGAUAUAUUUGUCAUUUAGCUCACAGAUAACUUCGAUUUCAUAUUCUGGUAACUGGGUGCAAAUCUCACAGGGAGGAGGAAAGAAUGGCGUGAAAUGAAGAAAUUGGCACACAACACUGAUAACUGGCAGAAAAUAUUCAGGGUGCAAUUUUUCUUCAUCCAUCUUUUUUUCAAAAUGUUUACUAUUCUAGUUUGCGUGAACUCUUUCCAGAGGUUUUAUUUAUUUCAAAUUUGUAAAAAUUGAUACCUUGACAUUAUAAAACAAUGUAAAUUGAAUGAUUGGGAAAACCUUCGAUCCUUGCCACUACGUGAAAUCAAAGUCAUCUCAUCUAGAAUUAAAGUUACGCGUGUGUGUGUGUUGGUAUAAAAUUAAAAAUUCGAAGUUUAAAUCGGACGAAGAACUUCAUUCUGUAAUUUAGUUACAAAUAGAGAUGUGAAUUAUAACUGCUCUAGUAGCAAUAUACAGUAAUUGUAAAGCUGUAUUUAAAAAAAUUAGCUUGAGGCUUUAAAGUCACAGGAAUAAAAAAAAAGUUAUUUUCUUUAGAAAUAAAUAUCUUCCUUGUAAUUUUAGAAGAAAAAACAGGCCUUACAAUUAACGUAAUUUCACAUCUUUAAGUGCUAAGUUCUAAAAUAUAUACAAAUAGCGAGAGGGAUAAAGUAAAAUGUGUUUACAAUUCAUCCACCUUGUUUCACAAUUUUCAUGCAGCAGACGGAAAGAGAUCUGCGAGUCUAAGUUGUGUGCUUGAUUUCAAUCAACAGCGGAUCAUUACCAUGUGUUAAGCUUGAUACGCAACCGAAUUCGUUAAAAUCUUGUCUCUUAUUAAAAGUAUUUGCAAGUUUCGCGUACACUGAUAACGAUAAGACACUGUGGGGACUCGGCGAACAUAAGUAUUUGUAUACUUUAAGAGAGUUAGAGAAAAUUAAAAAAAUAAUAAUAUACGCUUAAAUUUGUAUAAAAUUUUAAAUCCAAGUCACCCUAAUGUCAGUGACACGACACUUGGAUAGUUCAAAAGUCAAACGACUCAUCCGUUGUUCUCAAUCUAUGCAUUUAGAUUUUACUUUUACAAAAUUCUUUCCUUGGUUGACUUUAAUAAUUUUGAAAUUAUCUGUAUAGUGAUGGAUUGCUACCAUUUCUUAAGUUACGUAUACAUUUUUUCCAAGAGUUAAUUUCAAAUCGAAGUUUAUUUGUUACUUGCUUUUUGAAUAUUCUAAACCAUUUUACGAAUGUUAACAAAACUGAUCGGCUGAAGAGCUUUACUGUCUCAGAAUCUUAAAAAAAAUCAGUUGGAACAUUCGAGGGAAAAAUUAAAAAGGGUUUCGUAGGCAAUACACACACACAUACAUUUAAAUCUGGCUUCUUUGUUUAUUGAAAUAUUAUUGAGAAAUAAUAAAAUUAUGUAAGUUCACUCAACUGAUUUGGAUAUUAGGCGUGGAUGAAAGGCAGGCUCAUGGGAAUGGUUAGCGGGCGUGGUUGAGGCUCAAUCUUAGAAUUUUUAAAGGAACGGGUAACGGAAUUUGAAAUUGGUGUGGCUGAUAGCUAGGAUUAAUUUCUAAGUUGCUAUGUUCAUAGAGUGGGCGCGAUUGCAUGGGAUAUUUGGAAUAUUUUAAGGGAUGGUUAAUAGACUUUCACAAUAGUAAUUGGCAAAUGGCGUGGUUCAGAGCUAGGGUUCAUUGAUAAUGGAAGGGUUCAGCGGGCAUUAUUGUGGGAGUGGCUAGUAGGCGUGAAAAAUGGGCGGGACCACUAAAUAUUAUAUUGGGAAUGAUUAGUGGGCGUGGUGGUGAAGAAUUCCAAGAAUUCUUUAAAGAAAAUUGAUUCCUUGCUAAAAGCAGAGUAUAUUGAAAAAUAGGAAUUUUAAUCAUGAGAGGAAGUAGGAGUAGUUGAUAGGCGUGGUCUCAGGGUCUAAUUGUAUUAUGAAGGUAUUCCAGCAUAGCCUACGAAAUCCUCAAGAAUAUUAUAAAAUUGUUUCUAAGAGUUCGAGAAACUUCUUCAGCGGAAUAGAGUUUACUAGUAUAUUUUACAACUAAUGCAGCUAUUGAAGCUAUACCAAAGUAUAUUCUAAACUAUAAUAAAUAUAAAUGGACGUUUUGCACUGGAUAUUUAGAUGGAAGAUCAGAUUAAUAUGUGUGCGAACUUAAGAGAGCGAAGUUACAAGUAAUUUCAUGACGUUAAUAUAAACCACUGAAAGAUUCCUCCGAGACAAAAACCUGAAAUACCUUGCUCAUGGCAUUUGAACAGUUUUUUCAAGCGCAAUUUUCACAUUUUGUAGUGUUCAGAGAAAGAAUAUGAUUGCACGCGUAAUGAGGUAGUAAGACUUAUUAUAUGGAACUACUGUGUUCAAUUUUAAUGAAGAUGAACGACGAAAAACAAAUUAGAUAUGUGAUUCCAAAACACAGUAAAUAAUAUUCGAGAUGCUGCGGUAUUGAAAGAACGUGCGAUCGCCAAUGCCGUCGUCUAAUAAAACAAAACAAAUUAUUUAAUAGUUCUUCAUCAGACUUCCUAAAAAGUACCUUGAAAAGGGAAAUUUAUUUACUUUUUAUUGUUUUUGUAAUUUUUCCAUUUUAUCAAGUCAGUAACAUAAUUUUGUGGACAGUUUUAAGUACUAGGUUGCAUCGCGUCAGAGAAACUCCAGUUUGUUCAAUACUUGUUUUAUUUAGAGAUUUGUGUAUUUCAUCGAGGAAUAUAUUUUCAUCAGAAAAAAUUACUUUAACUGACUCAUUUAUUUGAAGGUUGUAACGUUGUAUAUACAUAUAUAAAUCCCAAUUACAAAGGCCAGCACUUGAGAAGUUAUAGGAAAGGUUUCAAUGUUUCACAGAAAUCGCAGAACGAUUUUCAAAUAUAAAUUAAAUCGAUUUUUACUAAAUUAAAAGAAUUAAAGUAGUAUAAAAUAUUAUAAAUCAAUAAAAUGCAUCCAAUAUUACAAACUGUGUACGUUUUUUGUUGUUGCUUCUUUUCUGCACUAGCAUGUUGUUUACUUUAAAUAUAGAUUGCUAGGUGAAUUAAGAGAAGAUUUUGAAAAUAUCCUUGUUGAAAAUAUCAGUGCGGGAAACAUAAAAGUUAACCGAUCAGUAGUUCUCAUAUGAUUAUUGUGUUGCUCUACUAAAUUAAACUUUUUACGCGUUCAGUGCACUCUUUUUUGUACUUUUUUUAAUUAAUUUGGAAAGAGAUUGUUCCCACAAUUUAAAAGUGUUUGUCAACAAUUAAAAUCUGGAUUUUUCGGAUAUUUUCAAAAAGACUGGUUAAUUUUUCAAGCAAGACAAAUCGGAUCGGCAAAUCGAAUCGUGAUUAGCAGGAUGACUGUAAUAAAUAUUAAGAUUUCAAUCAAUUCAGUUUAAAACAGAAUUACCCUGCUUAAAAACUCCACUACUUUUCGUUUUCUUCCAUUCUAUAUGACAUAAACUGGCGUUGCGUCGGCUUCAUAAGAAAUCAAAGAAAAUCAAAUUUGUAGAAAGAAUUCGUUCAAAAAUUGUAAUUAAGUCGUUCUGAAUAGAAUGAAACGAUCGCAUAAACGACAAUGAGCAUGUAAAGUAUUUGUAUUUCCAGUGACACCAACACAAAAUACGUUCUCAUAAACUCUAGGCCAAGUCUGAGGUAAAAAAUUCAGAUAUAACAUGACACUACGAGAUCAUUUUAUAGUUUUAGUAUAAUUACAACUAUUAACAGGAAGAGAUUAUAUAAGUUAGACUAAGCUGAUAUUGAAUCGACAAUUAAUUGUGCUGACAUUUUUAGGACCACAUUGAAUAUCUAUGAAAUCGAUAUUGCAUCAUUCAUAAAGCAAAAGUUUAGGAAGGACGGUGUACAAUUAUCCACUUAUGACGUCGUAGGGUCUUGGAUUUGUGGUGUUUUCACGAUAAUUGCAAAAGCCGGCUCUGAAUUGUUAUCGCGAAUUCAAUUAGAAUCGCUCGCUUUCUUAGUAUCUUUGUGAUACCAAAGUAUAAUAAAAGAAAAGAAUCGCACAUUUUAAGUGAACGCGUAAAUUUAUGCUACGAAAUAUUAAAGUAUAUAUGAAAAAGUUAUAUUUUUCUCGUGCUAGCCGGUUUAGCAUGGUUGUAGAGCAACGAUUAUAUAUUAUUAGAGAGCACUUGUUACGUUUCAUCCUUAAUUUUUACGUAAUUUUCAAUUAAACGAAUGACAAUGCAAUUCAAAACGACGACAAAUUUAGUUAGUCGAAAUGCUUAUGUAAACAUUAGAAUAAAAAAUCACUGAGUCACUGAAGUAAAACAUUUCUUUAGAGAACUUCAAAGUUUUCGCUCCAUUGCUUUAAAUUCGUAAAUUUUAUCAAUGAAAAUUGUAAACAAUUGUUGUAGAUUUCAAUAAAACUCGAGGAACUUUCAACAGAAAUUUUGUAACGAAAUGGCGACUUUACUACCGAUUCGAAGUUGCUUUGUAAGAUAAUUUAGUCAUAAGUGUAAUCAGCUCAACGCAAGCACCUAUUGAAUAGGCAGACUAGAAAAGUACCUAAAUAUAACUAAGUAAAAGUAUUUCUCACUCGUUACUAGAACAACUUCUUUAAAGCUUCGUUAUGUGCGAUUUUUUGAUAUUGAAAUAAUUAACAGAAAACUGUAAAAGCUACUGCUCUUGAUUUAUGUUAUAUUAUUUUCGUUUUCGUGCUCACAUUCAGAAUUACGUAUGGUCUCGAGAUUUCUUCCAAAAAAUCUAGAACGAUCAUUUUUAUAAAAACAGAACUAUUUCCUUUCUGUAUCUCCAUAUUAAAAAAAAACUGAGUGAGUAUAUAUCCAAUAUCCGGUGCUAUUCGUAAACUGUACACCCAAUUGUGCAUUAUGAUUCCGUGUAUCCCAGACUACGAUCGACUUUUUUACGAAAAUGAACAUCAACGUUAAAAGUAUUAAGUGCAUUUUCAGAUCAUUAACUAUUGCUGUGAAGGAAGAAGAAAAAACAAGUGAAAGACCGAAAAGAAUCUCUAACCUAACAGAAAACAAAGUAUCUGUAACGAUCACACGGAAUAAAUAUUAUCAAACAUUAUUGUUUUUAAUAAGUACAGUAUAUAUGUGAAUUAUUAUUAUUAUUAUGUAAGGUAUUGUAAUUAAUGUAAGUAGUAAGUUUAGCAUUUACAUUGUUAAUCAAUCUAGAGACCAUACAAGUGAAGUUUCAAUGUGGUGUCUAUGAAAUGAAUCCUUGAUAAUGGAAAUAAUACAUUUUUUAAACAAGUA